UGGCUUUGAAUAAAGUUAAAUGGCAAAACAGGAUCCGUGUAACCAGCCCCAUUUAGUUGGGAUAAGGCUUAGUUGACUUGAUGGAUAAUAUUAUGGAUGAUAUUGUUAUUUCAUUUUGAAUACUCAUUCUCUUUUUCACCGUUAUAUUUUGAAAUAUUUUAUCAGUACAGAAUUGGCCUGCAUUCUGAAACACCUAGACAACUUUGGUUUUAAGGUUGGGUUGUUCACUUGUUAUGCAUGUCCACAGGGCUCUAUGUUGGACCGUGCCAUUCCUACUGUGGGAAAAAUUUUAUUUAGGGAAUUAAUAAUCCCAGUAUGGUUGCUUCCCAUAAGAAUCUAGUGAAUUUGAAAUUCACAAUUGCUGAUGAGGAUAACAGCGCAUCUCAAUCUCUUUCUCCUAGCUUCCUCCACGCCCACAUGGGCGGCACUAGUUUCUGGUGCCCUUGUGCUUGUCACUGUUUCACUUUCAAUGUACCUCAUAUUCGAGCACCUUUCGGCAUAUAAGAAUCCUGAGGAGCAGAAGUUUCUGAUUGGUGUUAUCUUAAUGGUCCCUUGCUACUCCAUUGAAUCAUUUGUGUCAUUGGUGAACCCUUCAAUUAGUGUCGAUUGUGGAGUCCUACGUGAUAGCUAUGAGGCUUUCGCCAUGUAUUGUUUUGGAAGAUACCUUGUGGCAUGCUUGGGUGGGGAAGAGAGGACAAUUGAGUUUAUGGAGCGGCAAGGACGGGCAGCUUCUAAAACACCCUUACUAGAAAAUAGUUCUGAAAAGGGAACUGUAAAGCAUCCUUUUCCAAUGAACUAUUUCUUAAAACCAUGGAAACUUGGUCAAUGGUUUUACCAGCUUAUAAAGAUUGGAAUUGUUCAAUAUAUGAUAAUAAAAACUGUAAGUGCUAUUUUAGCGGUUAUCCUACAAGCCUUUGGUGUAUACUGUGAAGGAGAGUUUAAAUGGGGGUGCGGGUAUCCAUAUAUGGCAGUGGUUCUCAACUUCAGCCAGUCAUGGGCUUUGUACUGUUUAGUUCAAUUUUAUACUGUUACAAAGGAUGAAUUGGAGCACAUUAAACCAUUGGCAAAGUUUCUUGUCUUCAAGUCAAUUGUCUUUUUGACUUGGUGGCAAGGUGUGGCAAUUGCACUCUUCUAUGCCAUAGGUUUGUUCAAAAGUCCAAUAGCUCAAGGCUUGGAGUUCAAAUCAAGUGUUCAGGACUUCAUCAUUUGUAUAGAGAUGACAAUUGCUUCUAUUGUUCACCUCUAUGUCUUCCCAGCCACGCCUUAUGUGCUUAUGGGAGAUCGGAUUGAGGGAAUCGUUUCAGUUCUUGGAGACUAUGCAUCAGUGGACCCUCUUGAUCCUGAUGAGAUCAGGGACAGUGAGCGCCCCACGAAAUUACGACUACCCCAGCCAGAUCCUGAUGUCAAGAGUGGAAUGACUAUCAGAGAAAGCGUUCGGGAUGUUGUCAUUGGGGGUGGUGGAUAUAUUGUGAAGGACGUCAAGUUCACAGUAAACCAGGCUGUGGAGCCUGUGGAGAAGGGGAUUACACGGUUCAAUGAGAAACUGCACAAGUUCUCUCGUCACAUAAAGAAACAUGAAAAGGAGAAGAGAACUAAGGAUGAUAGUUGCAUCGGCUCAUCAUCACCAACACGAAGAGUGAUCCGUGGGAUCGAUGACCCUCUCCUAAAUGGGAGUUUCAGUGAUAGUGGUGUAUCAAGAUCAAAGAAACAUCGUCGAAAAAAAGUAUACAGCAGCAGUACUGAGAGUGGGGGAGAAAGUAGCAGUGAUCUUAACUAUGCGGGAUUUCAAAUCCGUGGGAACAGAUGGGUUAUCAAGGAUUAGUUAGUAGGAGACGGUGAUGUCAAUCCAUGAAAUUUGGACAAGAAUGCAGCCAUGCACAUAAGCAAUUACAGGUGUAGGGCACAUAUCUGAUCCUCGGGAAGAAGUAUUACUGCCUGCCUCCCUCACCAAACUAUUUAUUCACUUUCUCUUGAGUGGAUGAUGAGAGUGAGGUCCAUUUGAGCCAUACCUGCUUCUUGCGGUGUUAAAAGUUGCCGGGAUAAGUUUGCUGCAAUGGGAUGCAUACAUCGACUGUGACUCGUCUGGCUCCAGUCUUCAUUAGUAAGCUGUAGGUGGUCUGUUCAAAGGGAGGGGGGUUAUAGUCAUGGUUCAUAUUGUUAUUUUAUAUCACAUGACUAAUCCAUAUUUCUUAAUUCUGGCUUUUAGAACAUCCUUGCCCAUCAGGAUAUCUUCAUUGUCAACUGCUGUUUGACGGCCUCGAGAA